AGGAUGUUUAGGAUGAGAGUCAUUUUUUGCUUGUAAAAUAAUACUUCUAUAUGACUUUGAUUUUCAUAACACAUUAUUCUUUACAAUGUGAAAUCAAUUUUAAUAUUUAAAGUUUAUUAAGAAAAAUGCAGUGCUUGAGAACACUAAGAAGCUUUACACGCAUCCCAAAUCUACUACAAAGAGCAAGUGGUUCAUGGCCUGCAGUAUGUCAAACCAUCCACACUAGUCCAUUAUAUAAAGCAAGUUACAAUCCUGAAAAAAAUGAAGAAUAUGCCUUUUUCUAUCAGUCAGAAGACAAGUCCGAUUUUCCAGAUUACAAUAAAAUUGUUUAUCCACCACAAGAUCCCUCAGAACCUCCCCGACCAAUUGAGUAUUUUCACGAGACCCGUGAUUUGAGAUAUUCACAGAAGAAGAUGUGGAAAUACACAGCAAUGAUAAGAGGAUUGUCCAUUGAUGAUGCUAUUAGAAAAGUGUCCUUUUUGCCACAGAAGGGAGCCAAAAUACUCAAAGAUUGUUUACUGGAAGGUCAGAAGAUAGCAGUGAGAGAACAUGGCAUUGAAUACCCUUCUAAUAUGUGGAUAGAACAUGCAUAUUGUAACAAAGGAAAGAUUUUAUACACCAUGCGAUUGGCGUUCAAGUAUCCUGCCCGAGUGCGGACCCGGUAUUGCCAUGUGUGUAUUGUGUUUCGGGAAGGAGCCCCGCCAAAAGAGUACUACCCCUCUGAGGAAAUGACAGGGUUUGAAAAGAUGGAGGAUUACAUAAAGAAACAACGAGAAAGGCGAAUAUUGUUUUCACUAUAAAUAAAAUUUUAAGAAUUUCCU